AGUAGUAGACCACUGUGCGAGAAGAUAUCAAGAUUGGUUGCCGUAUCAAAAAAAUAUGCAGAUGGAUUAUAAAGUGCUGGCAAGCAUCCCUUCAUGGUAUGAACAAAUGGAAGAAAAGGAAAGAAUUUUUUGAAAGUCAUGGCUACUAGUUUAAAUGAGAGACAUAGACUAAGAAAGUGUUAAUGAUUUUAGUAUUUAACUUUAAGUAUAUGUUAUUUCUUUUAAGAUUUAAGAAAGAAUUUACAUUACAAAGCUAUGGAUACAGACUCUGAUUCAGAAACACCAUCUAAGCGUAAAAAAAUGACUUCAUCAGAAAAUUGUGUUAUAUGUGACACAAAUGGACCAUGCAGUGACAUGUUGAAACCAAAGGAUGAAAAUUCUUGGAAAAUAUUACUGACAGCAGCUGAGAUUCGUAAUCAUGAUAAAAUAUUACAGUACAGGAAUUCACGAAGUAUUCCAAAUAUUUAUUAUCAUAUUGAAUGUAGAAAGUUAUUUACUCAUAAGAAAGAACUGAAACGCAUACAAGAUCAUGCAUCGACAUCUUCAAACACUUACACUAAUGAUCGUGUUUCAUAUAAACUUAGAAGUGGAGAGAACUCAGUCCAUUCGGGAACAUUGUCAGUAAACGAAACUUGUAUAUUCUGUGACAAGACAAGCAAAUAUAUAAAAGGUACAAAUACAAGAGAAAUAUUGUGUAAGUCUGUAGACUUAAGGUCAGAUAUAACAGUGAGAAAUGCAGCAGUGACAAAGAUGGACUCAAAGAUAUUAAGAAUAACUUCACAGGAACUUGUAGCAACUGAAGCACGCUAUCAUAGGUCAUGUUACAAGGCAUACACAUGUAGUACUAAAUCUGCUAAGUCCGGUCAAACAGGUACAGAGGUAGAGGAAACUGAUGUCUAUUCAGUAAAAGAAACAGACUCAUAUUCUUUAUUGUUUGACUAUAUAAGAAAUGAUGUAUUUAAGAAUCCUCGUGUAGUUGCAAUGAAAAGUCUUACUGAUACUUUAGUAAGUAGUAUGAUAUCAUUUGGUAUUAAAGAAGUAAAGCCACAAACGAAAAAGCAUGUACGUAGAAUGAUAGAGGGAGAAUUUGGUUCUAGUAUUGAAAUUGUGAAAGGUAGUAAUGGUAGGCUUUAUAUUUUACCUAGUAAUAUGUCAAGAUCUAUGUUGGUACAAGAAAAUGUGAGGAUCAUGUCUGAAUUAGAAAAUUUGAAAACGGAAUAUCCAAGAGUCAACUUAAAACAGACAGCUUUGAAAAUUCGCAGCGAUAUCAAGAGUCAUGAUACAGAACAGGAAUGGCCACCGAAUCCCGAAAAUUUGACCUUAGAAAAUCUAUCGAUUCCAGAGUCUUUGACUGGCUUCUUCGAAGUGAUGAUAUCAGGUAAUAUUGAUACAGACCAGACAUCCAAAAGAGUAAAAAGUCUAGCUAAGUCUUUUGCUCAGGACUGUGUGUUUACUACAUCUGGUGGCAGACAGAAACCUCCGAAACAUAUAUUGUUACCCUGGACUGUUAAAGCGUUGACUGGAAAUGUCGAGUUGAUCAAAAUUCUAAACAGACUAGGCCAUGGAAUAUCAUACAGUGUCCUAGAGGAACUGGACACAGCUCUCUGUUUGCAAAAACUAGCUGAAACUGACGAGAGCAAUAUAGCUUUACCAGCCAAUAUAUUGCCAUGUAUCCCAACUACAGUAGCAUUUGACAAUAUUGAUAGAUUGGAGGAAACAUUAAGUGGUGAGGGUACCUCACACAGAGUCAAUGGUAUAAUUGUUCAGCCGCAGGUUCCAACAGUAACCAUGGGUAAGACAACUAGAACAGUGUUAAACACAACAAAACGCAGAAGUAUAAGUCAUGUCUUAUCAACACCAGUUGAACCAUAUAUAGCAAGUACCAAGAGGGUUGGCCCUCAACCUACAUCUUAUCAAAUGGAUGAUAACAAUAACAUUGAACUAGUUGAUGCAGUUGAAGCGGCUCAUACAAAAAACUUGAUUUGGUGUAUGUUGAGACAGAAAGAUCCAAUAAACCAGAAGGUCAGCUCAUGGACAGGCUUUAAUAUACAAGUCAGGGACACAGUUGACAUCAAGCAAGACAAGGUUGGUUAUUUGCCUACAAUUAAUGCUCCAGCAACAGAUAUGUCAACAGUAAACGAGAUCCUGCAGCAAUGUCUGAAGAUCAUUGCAAUGUUAGAUGUGAAAGAAAUUGUUUGCGUGUUUGACCAAGCUUUGUAUGCCAAGGCAGCCGAGAUUAUAUGGAAGAAUGUGGAAACAUUCAAGUCAGUAAUAAUACGACUGGGAGUUUUCCACACCAUUUGUAAUUUCAUGGGGAUAAUUGGGAAACGUUUCAAGGAUGCUGGAUUAAGAGACCUUGCUGUUGAAUCACUUGUAGUAGCAGAAGGUUCUAUUGAUGGUGUACUGGAAGGCAGAAAAUAUAAUAGGGCAGUAAGAACUCACAAACUUGUCUACGAAGCAAUGAUGCGAUUAGUAUGGAAAGGCUUUCUUUCAUGGAUAGAAGCGAAUCACCCAGAAGAAAUGCUGCACAUGGAUGACACAUUUCUGAAUAUUGAUAGACUACAUGCAAAUACUUGCCAUGAACAGCUACAUGAAUUUGUCAGCAGCCUCCCAUUCAAGCACAUACACGAACUGUUUAUAAUGUACAAGAAUGUUUUACGGAAGGAUUGCGGUCAGCUUGCAGCAUUUUGGAUGAGCUAUCUUGACAUAGUAGAAGUAGUUCUUGGACUUAUAAGAGCAUCAAGGGAAGGAGAUUGGCAGCUUCAUCUUGCAAUGAUUCGAGAAAUUAUCCCCUGGUGUUUUGCCUAUGAUAGACAGAAUUAUGCACGAUACCUGUCAGUGUAUUAUACAGAUAUGACAAGACUUCAUAUUUCCCAUCCUGACACCUAUGACCAUUUCCUACAUGGUGGGUUUUCUGUACAGCGAGGCGAAUGGAACACUUUUGGUAGAAUUCCUGUCGACCAAACAAUAGAAGAAACUGUCAAUAGAGACACACAGACAGCAGGUGGGACUAAAGGUUUCAGUCUGAAUCCGGGAGCUAUAAGCCGGUAUUACCUUACAGCAGAAUACAGAAGCAUAUGCCUCCGAAACAUUAGAGAGAUGACAGACAUCAAGGUGACAGGCUUAUCUCAUGUAGAUCUUGAGCCAGAGCGAGUAAAGAAAGACGAAAGUGCUGUACAGGCAAUACUAGAUCUCCUAGAAAAUAAAUGGUUAAACCCUUUUGUUGGAAACAGUGAACUUGUAUCUCUGUCAACAGGUAUGACAGCAUCUAUGGACAUAUGCAAUGAUCUUUUGGGUGCUAAAGAAAAGGGAGAGAAUGCAUAUCAAGCUUUCAAGGAAAACAGACUUUUGACAGAACAACCAUCAGAGAUGUUUUAUGACCGAUUACCAAGACAACAGCUUAAAACAUUCAGCAGCAUUCAAAAAACGAAAAAGACUAAAAUCUCUGGCAACGAGUAUAUUCUUAAGGCUGAUAAUAAGUUAUUUGGACAUAUGGUUCUGGUAGCAUCUAGCAGACACUUGGACAUGAAGGAAGUUCUUCGCCACCCACUGGGACCAUUACCCUGGGCUCUAGCAAAUUGUGAUGGUACCCUGAAGAAAACAAACAAAUCUUCACUUGCACGAAAGCUUGAUAAAAGGGCUGAUUCAGGAGAUACUGUCCCACAAUCGUCAGCUUGCGUUGUUGAUGCUAUGAUGAUUGUUAACAAAAUCAGUGGUGAGAACCGAACAUUUGAAGAUCUGUCAGAGAAUAUAUUUGACACAGUAUUACGAUGUGGCAAGAAUUGCUCUAGAAUUGACGUGGUGUUUGAUACCUACAGAAACAUAUCAAUAAAAAAUGCAGAAAGGAGAAACAGAGGUUCAGACAAUGGAUUACGCUUUUGCCAUAUCAGCAGAGGGCAAAGGGUUCAGCAGUAGAGAUGCCUCUUAGGCUCUGCAGACAGUAAAACGAUAUUGAUCAAAUUCCUCCUUCACAACUGGAAAGAUGCAUCCUUCCUAACAAAACUUGGUGAAAGGGAGAUGUAUGUGACGUCAGAAAACAAAUGCUUUAAACUAGCCAGUGAUUCAUUUUGUGAGGUGGAAGAGCUGGCAUGUUCGCACGAAGAAGCAGACACUCGGAUGCUGCUUCAUGCAAAACAUGCAAGUCAGCACUAUAACUCAGUUGUUAUUGUAUCGGAAGAUACUGAUGUUUUUAUAUUAUGUUUGGCAUUUUACAAGGAAAUAGGCCAGAUAAACAUCAGAUGUGGAACAAAGAACAGACUGAGAUACAUUGAUGUCAAUAAAGUUGGAGACUCCCUUGGUGAUAGUGUAUGCAAAGCCUUGUUAGCUCUUCAUGCCUUUACUGGAUGCGAUUCAGUCAGUGCUUUCAGUGGUCGUGGAAAAGUGUCUGCGCUGCGCCUUGUUAUGAAACCAGGUGUAUUCCAGUCAACUAUGAUCAAGUUAGGCCAAGAUUGGAUAGUACCUCAUGACCUUUUCCUAUCUGUUCAAGACUUCACUUGUAGAAUGUACGCAGCCAACACUAAUGAAAGUAAAGUCAAUGAUUUGCGCUACCAGAUGUUUCGGGCUAAGAAGGGUGAUGUUGAAUCUGUACAACUUCCACCAUGUGAAGACACACUGUAUUUGCAAACAUUACGAGCAAAUUAUCAGACAUGUAUUUGGCGAAGGAGUCUAAUAAAUUUCCCAGAAAUUCCAAGUCCUGAAAAUCACGGUUGGUUCAUAGAAGAUGGAAACCUAGUAGUGGAAUGGAUGAAGGGACUACCUGCUCCUCAGGUUGUUAUGGAAUUCAUGUCAUGCAGGUGUGCCAGAGAAUGUAGCUUACCAACAUGUCAGUGUCUUAGAAAUUCCCUGAAAUGCUCACCGGCUUGCAAAAACCAGAAUUGUACUAACAUGUAUGAGGAAGAAAUUGAAUCCAUUAGCGGAGAAAGUUCUGAGGAAGAAGAUAAUGCAGCUGAUGAUGUUAUUUAACAUCAUUGUCCAUCAAGUAACUCAAAUGUAGUAUCAGGAAAUGUAUGAAAGGAAAUAGAUAUAAAUGCAUAUACAUACAUAUAGGACAUCUUAUGCCUUGUGUAAAUAAUAGCAAUAUAGCAUUACUUUGAAUGGGUGCUACUAAUAAACAGGCCCUUGUUCUCAAAGUAUUAAGUAUUUAAACAAGUCCAGUUUUGUUACUGUUAUUGUUCAAUUUGAAGUUUCAUCAUCGCAUUUGUGUAAGGUAUAAUUCAUUAUCUCUCAUUUUCUGUUUGAUAAAUGACUAUUAAAUUUAAAAUUAGAAUAUGUCCAAGUAAUGAACAAGUAUAAUACAGCAUCCAUAUAAAUAGAAAAUAAACAUGUCACAGUGUAUAUAUACGGUAUAUUGUGUUUGAUUCAAAUUAGUACAAUAUACAUCUAAAGUAUGAAUCUGUACUUUGACAUAUACAAUUGAACAGCUUUGUUAACAAAUGACUGUUGCUACAAUAUGUUAAAUUGUGGUGGAACUCUGUAUACACAUUUGGUUUUUGUAUGUCAACGUUAUGUUGGAACAUAUGAUAAUGAUGUUAUUAUAUUUAAAUUCAGUAUCUAAUGAUGAAAUAUUUAAAUGAAAUAUGUACAUAGUGAAUCUUUAUAAGUAUCUUUUACAUUUUGAUUAUAUGGAUUAUAUAUCCGACAUACAAAAUUUACCAAACAACUAAUCAAAUGUUAUACAAUUUGGUAACGAAUUUUUAAGUAACAACAAAGUUGUGUUUUGGGAAAAGCACACAUUGUCAGUUGUUUUUAUUUUUGUCUAUUUGUUGAUUAUACAUAUUAAAAUACCAUUUUUCAUUGUUAUCAUUUUGUUUUGAAGAUAUGACUAUUAUAGAUGCUUUGGAAUGACAAUUAUAUGAAAAAAGAAAAUGUUCUGAAGUUUUGAGUCUGUAUUUAGAAAAUGAGCAAAUUUAACGUAAAUAACGUAAGUUACAUUGAUGGAAGUAUAACUAUGAACUAAAAAUUAAACAUAUUUUUGUAGUAAGCAAAUGAUAAAAAUGUAUAAGGGAAAUAUUUACAUCUUUCUUGUUACUAUUACAAAGAACAACAGUGAAAACGCUGAUUAAGGCAAUUAUCUAAGUUCUUUUUAUUAAAUAAAUGACACGUAAAUUACACUUCUAAACAAGUAGGAAAGCUGUUAUUUUACUUUUUGAUGUGUUCUAUGUUCUUUGAUUAAAUGUAUUUAUAUCAGUUGAAAGUUUAUGUGCAAAUUAAAAAGAAAAUUGUCAUGAAAAGAUAUAUUCAAAUGUUGUAUAUCAUUUCUAAAAGUAACGUUACAUACAUAAGUCACGUAAAUUACAAUAUUGUAACAAAUUGAAUUAAAUUUGUUAUUUUACAUCCUU